AUGCAGGGAGAAGAGGCAGAUAAAAGAAAGAGAGGAUUUUUUGUAAUGUCAUCACUGGUUUUUACGCUGUUCCUUCUCCUGGAGUUAAAGGUCAUUGAAACCUCAGAUACAUGGAGACACUGCACAGAUUUGCUCCCUCUGGAUCUCCUAUCUUUUGUCUUGGAGAGGGACCCCUCCAGACUGGUACCUGGGGUGUACCUGAAGCAGGCUGGAGGGGUGAGGGGGGUGCAUUUCUCAAGCCCUCACCCCUCCAUGAGCUUCCCCUCCUCCCAGCUGCUGGUGGACUGUGACCUCUUCCCCAAAGAGUUCUCCUUUGUGGUGACACUCCAAGUCUCUCGUACUGCAACAAAGAGAAAUGAAUACAUCUUUUCCUUAAUGGAGUCAAAACAAACCAAGAAACAAGAUGUGGAAAAUGAUAAAAGGAACAUUUUAGAGACAAAUACAAAAAGCGAGCACCAUGAGGAGAGGGAAACAACGAGGCAGGUGAAGAGCAGUGAGGAGCAUGGACGUGUCAUCCUGGGUCUGAGGUCCUCCAGGAAACGUCUCCACUUCCUGUACAGAGGAAACGGAGGAGUCACAGAGCAGCUGGUGUUUGGAGGAGCUCCGCUGGUUGAUAACCAGUGGCACACAUUGGUUUUAACCGUCGGUAGUCACCACGUGAGGAUCACCGUGGACUGUAACUCACCACUGGAAAUUGUCCCCGCGAGGCCUUUUCCUUCAGACCUCAACAUUCAGGGAGCCAGAUUCCAUAUUGGCAGCCGAGGGAGAUGGAAAGGCUUGUAUUCCGGUCUGUUGCGGCAGCUGGUUUUGGUGCCAGGUUCAGAUGCGACACAUUACGUCUGCCCGUCCUCUGACCCCAAACUGGCAGUUCUGUCGGUGCCGCCGCUGCUCUCAGACCUGCCAGUGAUAGACCGAAACAGUGACAACCGUGUUACUUCUUAUGAAACAGAAGAGCGAGUGUCCGUGGGGUUGGAGCAGCAGUGCUCAAAGCUGCUCCAAGGUCAGCUCUGGUUCAAUCCUAUAAAGAAAGGCCUCUACCUCUGUGACGGAACCGCAUGGAUCGCUGUCCUGGAGGAUCAUAAACGACUGGACUAUGUGUUGGAGCACCAGGUCCUCGCCACCAGCUCAGAGACUCAUGACAUAGAGGUGUUCCAGGUACCUGAUGUUGGUCUGAUGGCUGCCAUGGCUCAUCGAUCACUAGCCUCAGGCUCUGCUGUGUAUUUGUGGAGCCACAAAGGUUUCCAGCUCUACCAGAAUAUCAGCACUCAUGAAGCUCUGGCCUGGAGACACUUUAGUAUGGGGAAGAAGGUGUAUCUGGUGGUAUCCAACUCUGGAGAAGGCUCAGACAAACGUUUUAACAAAGACUCAGAGAUGGACUUCUCAGUGAUUUACAAGUGGAGCAAAAGAAGGAAAAAGUUUGUGCAGUUUCAGACUCUUCAGACCCACUGUGCACGGGACUGGGAGGCCUUUAGCAUCAAAGGUCAAACCUAUCUUGCUGUGGCCAAUCACAGAAAAGGCGAUAAAAACCACACUAUAGACAGUGUGAUUUACCAGUGGAACAAGCUGACUAAAUCCUUCGAGGUUCACCAGAGGCUGCUGACCUCAGGAGCGUAUGACUGGGAGUUCUUCACGGUGGGGCCGUACCACUUUCUGGUGGUAGCAAACGCUUUUGACGGCGUGACCACGUCUGUAGACUCCGUCAUUUACGUCUGGGUCAAUGGAAGCUUCCAGGUGUUCCAGACAAUUAAGACAUUCUGUGCCACAGACUGGGAAAUGUUUCAGAUCGGCAGUCGAGUCUUCCUUGUAGUCGCCAACGGACACAGACUCCCCGGCAAAGGCCCAAGCCAGUACGCCAUCAACUCCACCAUCUACGAACUGGACAUGAAUGGACGGGUGUUUGUCCGUUUCCAGGAUAUCAUCACCUAUAGCGCGGUGGACUGGGAGUUCUUCAGCCUCGGGGAGGAAUAUUUUCUGGUUGUUGCAAACUCCUUCAAUGGAGAGUCGUACUCUCUCAACAGCAUUCUCUACAGGUGGCAGGGAUAUGAAGGCUUUGUUCCUGUUCAUUGGCUCCCAACUAUUGGGUGCAGUGACUGGGAGUUUUUCAGCUCAAGGGGAGAGUCGUAUCUAAUUUACUCGAGUGCCAAAGCUCCCCUCUCCAAAGUGUUUAAGCUAAAGACCUACUGAGCAACAAAGACAGGAGUUAUUGGCCUUUGUAAUGUAUUUAUGUGUGCAUACAUGCUGAUCUUUUUGUUAA